UCCAAUGGACGGAGGAGCCUGGUGGGCUACAGUCCAUGGGGUCGCAGAGUCGGACACGACUGAGCGACUUCACUCACUCAUAAGGUAUUAUAUAGUAUUCCUAUUUUACAGAGCUAGAGUGUCUCAGAGAUUAAGCACCUGACCUGUGAUUAUACAGGUACAAAGUGCUAGAGGUCAGGUUCUAACAUUGCUGUUUAGUUCAUAUCCAUAAGCUGUUCUGGCUGAUUAAGACAGUCCUAGAAGAUCUCUUCAUAGAAGUGUGAAGAAAUAAAUACAGAAGUGACAGUAACGUGUGUAGGGGAUACUAUGGAAGUAGUUCACUUGAGUAGUGAUGAACAUGCAGAGGGUGUAUAUCAAAGUCUGAGGAAAUUAAGUAACUUAGCUAAGGUCACACAACUUAAGAAUAAUUGAGCCCACACUUCUAGUAUGAAAGCCCAUAUGCAGAACCCCCACACACAAGAUGAGGUGCAUCUUCCCUAAAGAACCUGGAGCUUGGGAGGAAGGAGACUGAGUGCUUGGAAUAACUGGUCUUCUAUAGUCCAAGCAGCAUUCGAUUCGUGGACUACUCCCUUUUUAAAAGCUUUGUUCUUCAUUUUGAUUUGGAACAUCUUCCACUUUACCGCCUGCAUCUUUCUUGUCUCAUGACACUAAUAGUUUGGACUGCUCUGAGGCUGAGUCCUUGGUCCUCUUUUCUUUCUCUGCUAGGUGAUCUAAUCAUUUCCCUUGGCUUUAAACGCCACCCACAUGCUGCUGACUCACAUGUGUGUCUCCUAUCCUGAUCUCUCCCUGAGUUUCAUGCAGACUUAAUUUAUCCAGCAGUCUCACUUGAUGUCAUUACAAACCUAACGUGUCCAAAAUGGAAGUCUUGAGUUACACCCCAAGGCUGUUUUGUCACCGGUCCUUCUGUUUCCAUCAGCACCUGUGUCACACUGCUGUUGAGACCCAAAACCCAAGUCAUCCUGUUCUUCCCACACCAAUCAGCAAGUCUCAGCUCUGUCUUCAAAAUAUAUCCCACUCUGACUGCUGCUCAGCGCCUCCACCCCUACCCUCUUGGUGCAAGCCGCCAGCAUCUCUGGCCUGGAUGGAUGCAGUAACCUCCUCAAGUGCCUUCUGCCUCUGUUCUCACCCUCCUUCAGUCCAUUUCCACAGAGGCUGUUGUCAUCAUCCUUUAAAAGCAUAUCAGGUUAUAAUACUUCUAUAAAAAACGACCUCCAAGUUUCUCUUUACACUUAGAAUAAAGUCCAGACUCUUGCCGCCUCAGUUUGGACUAGCCAGAAGCACAUGUUCCCCUAUUCCUGUUCUCUACUUCUGUGAGAUCCAGAAUGAGAGGAAGGGAGAAACUUCUGCCAGUUCGAGAGGAGGGUUUUUAUUAGAUCUCCCUACUUCCUCUCCCCCUUCUGAAGGAAGCCUUGGGGAUGUCCGGGGUAACAGAUGCAUGAUCAUGUCCUUAGAAUAAUGAUGAUGAUGGUUGAGCUUCUGUCCUGUGCUGAGCAUUAUUUAAUAUAUUUAUUAUUUGUAUUUUUAUUUAAUAUAAAUUAUAAGCUUAUUGUCACAGCAAUCCCAUUUUACAGAUUAGGAAAUAGGUUCAGGAAACCAAAGUAACUUGUUCAGAUGUACACCUCUGUUAAUGCUAGAGCUGGGAUGUAAAUCUGGUUAAAAGUCAAGGCCAGUAUUAUGAUCAUUAUGUGACAGUUUUUAUUUUGCCACUUUAAUGGUUCAUGUUGCCUGGGAAAAUGAAGAGAAAUACAAUUUCGAGUAUUUCAUACUAGAAAUACAAAUGACAGAAAUACAAAUGACAGAAAGCUGACCUGACACUUGGGCUUAGACUUGUAGCACAGCUUUACUUGCCUCCAUCCUGGAUCUCCAGUUUAGUUUCUCAAAUACCUUAGGUGUGACUUUAGUGUCAAACUGUUCAGUUCUUAGAACCACUAACUAGUAAUGGUAAAAUUGACUAAUGCCCAUUUCCUCUUCUGGAGAAUGGGAAUGCUAAUACUAACAUUAGAGGCAUUUGAAAAAACCCAGUAAGAUGACUAUAAUGUCUGUAAAGCAUUGAGCACAGUGCCCAGUGGCUAGCAGCCACUCAGGACAGGCUAGAUCCUAUUCUUUUCUUCCCUCUCCAGGCUGCCAGGUGAGGCAAGGGGUCACCUGACCUGACUCCACCCCUUCUCUCGCAUAUUCUGUGCGGCCCUGGAAGCUCUUGCUGCAGUGACUUAGCAACAGGGUAGGUCAGAGAAUGUGGGGCAGUAUUAGAAGUGGUGCUUGGGAUCCUCCGGAAUACUAACAGGUGUCUGUGGCACAUACUCGUCCAGUUACGGAACCUGGAUACCUCAGAGGGGCUCUUUCCUCCUCCCUCUCACUCUUCUGCUGUCUUGGCAUUCCCUCUCACAGGGGCUCCUGGUCAGGCUACUUCUUGGUCCUGUCUGCUGCUGUCUAACAAGAUGUCUUUGCUCCAGCACCACAGCCCCAGCUCACGCGGUGUUUAAGAGAGCCUUCCUCCACAAUGGCUGCCAGGAUAAUCUUUCUAAAUCAACUUGACCUUGUCAUUUCCCUACUUAAAAUGUACAGUUUUUCAGGACUGAGUGUAGAUUACUCAGCUUGUCAUUGAUCCAACAAAUACUGAGGCUGGGGACGGGAGGGUACUGUAUGAGCAUUCAUACAGGCUCAAAGAUACAGCAGGGAUCCAAGCAGAGCUGAAGCCCUGCCCACGAGGAGGGGCUUUAUAUUCCAGGGGCCCUUCACAGGCUGGACCCCCAGCGUCUCUUUACAGCUUUACCUCCCCCCAGCUCCCCGCCUACCUCCCAUGCACCGUGCACACGCUGGUCUCUUCACCUGCUGAGCCUUUGCACAUUCGUCGUGUUACACUAGUCCACUCCUCCCAGAUCCCUCCAUUCCACCACCCCCCUACCCGUGCUGCCGCUUCAAGACCUGGGGCUCCCCUGCAAAAUGAGGCCCCUCUUCCUGCCAACUAAAGCCCUGUUGCCCCUCCCCUGCCUCUUGGGGAUUGUGAGCUAAGAGCCAGGGGUGAGAGGCUUAGGUCGGCAGCUCCCGCUUGGCUUGGCUGGCCCCUCCACCGCACAGGAAGCGGGGGACGAGUGUGGGCCCCCACCCCACGUAAGAAUGUCUGGUCCCCCGGCCUCAUGCUGGGCACCGGGGAUCUCAGUCGGCACUCAAGUUUCUUACCCCGUACUAGAGAAGGAAGACGACAUAGGCGGUGCCAAUACAGAGUGCCAACUGUCACACGGUGAGUGCAGCAGUUUCUUCCUGACCAAAGAGCAGAGCCAUCCCCAGAUGAAUGAAUUUACCUGGAAGGAUGUUGUCAAUGCCUUGUCCCUGGCCAACAUGUCCCUGGGGCUCUUCUCCAUCUUCUGCAGCUUCUGCAAGAAAUGCUCCUGUGCCUCCUGGAUGGUUUUGGUCAGCUUUUUAUUAGACAUGGCUAUCGGGUCAGUGACCAGACAUCUGAACAUCUGCUCCAGAUCCGGAACUGAACUGAAUGACUUCGCGGUCUUCACCACCUUUGGCCUGGCCUCAGCCCUGCUUCUAGGCGUGGAUGGACCUCUGAAUGGGUUACUGGCCAUCAUGUAUGUGUUAGCUGUUUCAUUCCGCCUCUGUUUUUAUUCGACAGGCAUUCCUUUCACAUACAAGGGUCUACCCUGCCCCUAUGCUUCCUGUAUUUUGGCUUCCACCUCCCUCCUGACCAAAGGCAACACGUUCAUUCUCUCUUGCAUGGCCUCACUCAUGAUUCUGUUCAUGAUGGACCAGAGCUACUACCCACAUGACGAAAUCCUGGAGUCUGAGAGCUGGAAAAAAAUGGUCUAUCUGGGAGGAUGGAUUUACAAAGGUCAAAGUGGGAGCAACAGUAAUACACAGCAGUAUGAAGAUUACAUGUGGUCAGGCACGUGCCGGGCACAUCUGAGGAGCUCAACAAGUGCCAGCUGCUACAACAGCGCAAGUCCAAUAUGACCGCGUAGCAAGUCAGCGCAACUCGACUUAGACUCAGCGCAGUGAAAGCGCAGACCCGUGGCACCCAGCACUGCCAUUUUCCAGUGCCUUCUCUGGGGCAGGCACUGUACUACGUGCUUCAGAUACACCAUUUCUGCUUAUAACAAACUCAUGUGACUGAUGUCAUCAAUCCUCAUUUUACCAAGGAGGAAAUGAAGAACCGAGGUUCAGAGAGGUUAAGUAUCUUGCCCAAGUUGACCUGGGAAGAACUGGAACUUAUGGAGGAGCUGGGAUUUGAGGUCAGACAAGUAAGUAUAACCCGUGAAAGCUCACCAACAGGGUGUCAGUGUGUGCAUGAACAAUGUCCUCAAUAACAUCUACCACUGCAGUGUGCACAAAGCACAGUUUCCUAGCGCUGUUUCUUAUAGCGGUUCUCCAACUUUCACCAAAGUGCAAUGCAGUACAAUCAUCUGGGGGCCUGCGUCCAGGGGGGAUGCAGAGGUGAAGGAAAGUGGGAACAAUCUGUUGGAAGCCAGGUCCACACUCUCAGACAGUCUGACUUAAUCCAAAGGUAAAUUUCAGUUUAUAGAUUAACUUCAAACACACUAUUAAAUUUACUCAUCAUGAUGGCCUUCCUCACUGAAUGCAAGCUCCACAAAGGCAGGGACUCCUCCAUGCCCUCAACAGUGCCUAGCAUGUAGUCGCAGUUCAGUAUCAUUAGUGACUGGAUCAGAUUAACAAAAAUUUAAGGUCUGACACUAUUAAGCACUGAAAAAGAAGUGAGGGAUGAGAACCCUCUUAUUCUGCUAAUAUGGGUACAAAUUUGUAUAAUCUCUUUGAAAACAAUUUGGCAACAUCACUGCAGAUGGUGACUGCAGCCAUGAAAUUAAAAGACGCUUACUCCUUGGAAGGAAAGUUAUGACCAACCUAGAUACCAUAUUCAAAAGCAGAGACAUUACUUUGCCAACUAA